AUGGCGAGUCUCCUGGUGUUCCCUGGGGCAGCAGCCUUAUUCUGUGGGGAGACGCCAGCUAUGCCCAGUGCAGCCUACCCACCAAGCCACACGCAGCGGCACUGGGUCACGGCCUUCUUGGGCCGCUACCUUGCUCUGGACAGCUGGGACAAGACAGAACAGUUAGGGCCACAGAGAGCGCGGGUGCUGUCCAGCUUGGGAGGGGCAGAGAGACAGGGAGCAGGACACAGGAGCAGGGGGAAGGGCACUGCGGCUGGAGCCGCCAUCCAAGCCGUGUGCCGGGCAGUCACCUGGAGCCUGGGUGUCUUCGCCUGCACAGGAACAUGUGGGGCCAGUGGGCCUGACACCCUGUCAGCGUUCUGGGGCCCCAGGUCAGGGUGCAGCCUAUCAGCCCCAGAGGCACCCACAGCUCCCCAGGGCAUGGGCGGCCCGAAGGAGGUGCACUGCUCCUGGGGUCCCCCACCAGCAGGCGUGGCUCAGGGACAACUUCCUAGCCCAGGAAAGAUCUCCCCCCGAGUGGUGAGGGGCUGUUUGGGGGCGCUGAGGAGUGCUGGAGAGACCUGGCCGGCUUUCCUAAAAGUGAGAAGCUCCCCGCUGUGCGCCCCUACCCCAGACAGCAGGGAAGGCAGGAGGCCCGGCUCGCCAGCCUCCCGGGCCUCCACGCACACUCGGGAACUCGCCCUGACAGAGCCACAGACCCCGUGGGACAUCACGGGGCAGAGGGCCCGGCCAGGGCCGCGAACCCAGGGAGGAAGACACAUCCCAGGGGCGGCUACCUGCGCUCCAGGCCCUUUGCCCCGCGGACGACCCCUCCAGCUCUGCGGAGAGCGAUGCAUCCGCCCGCUCCCUGCAGGGCCCGGCCCGCCCCAUCUCGGCCAGGGCGGGAGCGAGCGCGGUCCCGGUCCUGACAAAAAGUUGGGCGACCAGGUCCCCUGCGUGCACGGCGACGGGGCGCGGGCUGCGGGCGCAGCGGUUCCGGCUCAGACCCGCCGCCCGGCAAGGCCUCGACCGCGAGGGCGGUUCUGGGCAGCCCAGCGCCCAGCGCGUGGGACCGG